GUUCGCGUGGCGGGGGCGGCAACGACGAUGACAUUAUUUUAUUUAUGCUGUGAUAGUGAAAUAACACCAAGACCAACAACUGAAAUAACACCCAUUCCUCUGAAAUCAAUCGCAAUAUUUUCGACGAGGGACGCGAAAUGCAUGGAGAGUCUUCACAUUUAACGAUGAAAACAAAAAAUUAACUAAAAGCUUUAACCAAAACAUAAAGAAAAACACCAAGCAAAUUGUUGCAAACCGUAUAAAUAGAUUAAUAUUUAAUUCAUAGUGAAAACAGCACCAAUUAGCGCAUAACCUAUAAAAUAUUAGUCAAUAUGUUUAGCUAGUUACAAUUUACAUAGAUAAUAUUUAAUUAGUGGCUUCAAACAAACACCAAGCAACCAAACAAACGAAUAACAAAGGAAAAAACCAAUACCUAGUUCAAUUGUACGGAGCGCAAAACUAACGAAUAGCGAUUAGGAAAACUGGCCAACUGAUAAGGCUGGCGAAAAUAUUAAGCUUAUAGCACAUAGGAAAUAAUAAUAGCAACGGCAAACCACCCCAUCUCCAGCUGAAAGCCCCGAAAAGCGGAUUCAUUCAGUAAAACGUGCCACACAACCGGACGGCAGCGACGGACAACGGUAAAUGUCAAAGUCAUAAAGAGAAAGCACGGAAAUGCCGAUGAGAGAAAGCUCAGAGGAAACGUCAAAACUGUGAGAGGCGAUAAAUGCUAGCCAGUUACAGUUAUAUUGGGAGAAGCAAUGCCAAGUGUCAAAAACGCAAAGAGAAAGUAACGGAAAAGAGACACAGCUUAACGAAGAAAACUUCCGGUUAUUUUAAACCAGUAGAUUGAGCAAAACGGCCUCAAAUUAACGCAAACAGAAUAGUGGAAUAGCUUGUAUUCAAAUCAUUUAUCAGUCCUUUUGCCUAAUUCUAACUGUAAAAAGAGUUCGUAAAAAGAAAAGAGAAAGGAACGCCGCAAAAGGAGGUCAUACAAAUCCUCAGAAGAGAAGUCGAUGAUAAUUUGACACAAUUUUAUUCAAUAUGCGCAUAUAAAAGAGAUAGAUUCGGACUGAAUUAAGGGAAAGCCACGAUAAAGCUCAGAAAAUCUAAAAUCUAAACCAAUGAGAAAGCCUUAAGUGAAAGCUCAGGAUAAAAGCGUCAGCACAGCCAAGACACAAUCCAAUAAAAUCGAAACCAAUGGCCAGCACUGCGGUGGGAAUGGGAGGCGGUGAAGGUGGCCCAGGAGCAGGAGGAGCGCCAGCUGGAUCAGCGCAUCCCGACGACGCCAGCAGCAUGAGCGACGACGUCUUCGAGGAUGCGGAGACUACCCAGGCCAGGAUCGAGGAGCUGCGUCGCCGGCCCUUCGGCGAUGGCUGUUACAACCCCCCCGCAGCGCCCGCAUCCGUUUCCGCCUCAAUAACGACGACAACGACACAGCAGCACCAACCACAUCACAAUCCUUCGCACCACCACCAAUCCUCUCACCACCAACCAUCCCACCACCACCACCACAGUCAGCAGAGUUUGACGGGCAGCCAUCACUACCACGACGAUGCCAUCAUGGCGCCCGUCCAGCGCUCGGCCACCGGAUAUCCGGGCUAUCGCCCCUCCCGCGAGGCAAUGCAGAUGUAUGCGUACGGAACGGAUGACUACGACGAUGACUAUAACGAUGGAUGGCGAUCGUAUCGCUACGAUGAAGUGGAUAUGCACCCAGCCCCGUCCACCGCCCAUCAGCAGCCCUUCGAUGAUACGGUCAACCACAAGACGAUCCUGCUGGGGGAUUCGGGCGUGGGAAAGACCUCCUUCCUGGUCAAAUACAAUACGGGCGAGUUCCGACUGGGUUCCUUUUCCGCCACAGUGGGCAUUGCGCUUACGGUCAUAAUGCUGGGCGAUUCGGGAGUGGGCAAGACCUCACUUUUGAUCCGUUUCCGCGAUGGUCGCUAUGUGCCGAGCUAUUUCCUCAGCACGGUUGGCAUUGAUUUUAGGAACAAAGUGGUGGUCGUCGAUGGAACGCGCGUCAAGCUGCAAAUCUGGGAUACAGCUGGUCAGGAGCGAUUCCGGAGCGUUACCCACGCCUAUUAUCGCGACGCGCAUGCUCUGCUGCUGCUGUACGACGUGACCAACAAGACCACCUAUGACAACAUUCGCGCCUGGCUGGGCGAGAUCCGGGAGUACGCGCAGGAGGACGUGGUCAUCGUUUUAAUAGGCAACAAGGCCGACUGCAGCGGCAGCGAGCGGCAGGUGAAGCGGGAGGAUGGGGAGCGUUUGGGGCGGGAGCACAACGUGCCCUUCAUGGAGACCUCGGCCAAGACCGGACUCAACGUGGAGCUGUCCUUCACAGCGGUGGCCAGGCAACUGAAGAGUCGCGGCUACGAGCACGGCGAUGAUGGAAAGUUCAAUGUGCAUGAUUUUGUGCGUGACAAUACAAAGGCGCGCUCGGUUUGCGCCCAGUGCAGGAACAUGUAAUUGAAAUUGGCCAACUUGCGGAUGACAGAAGAGCCAUAUCCUCCCGGUCCCGCGCACAAAGACAACAAUAAGCCCGCAGCCAGUGGAGAUGGGAAGUGGGGCACUCGAAUGGAGACAGAAGGAUACGUUCGAUGGCGCAGAGUCGAAAUUCUGCAUUUAUUGAAACAAACCCAAAACGACAAAAAAGAAAAUCACACAAAGACACUCGAUAAGAUUGCACCAAUUUUGUAAGACCCAAGAGGAAAGGUAGAGUACUCGGCAUGUUUUGUAGGUAAACGGGGAUUUCGGGGCGGAACGGGGCGCGAUACGAAUAAUUUUUAUAGGGCAGGCCAUUGGCAUUGCGGCAUCAGUAGGCCCGGUGCAUAAAUAUUAAACAAUAUAUAUAUAUAUAUAUAUAUAUACAUACAAAUAUCCGUAUACAACUGCAUAAAUUACUUUAACGAGAGAGCCGACGGAACGCAGCAAAAUCAUGCCACAUUGAGAUUUAUCCAGCACGUCGUUGGAUUUCUCUGAGGAUAGAACUGCUUCGAGAAUAUAUACCUACCUAAAUCAUCCAGAGGAGAUCUCGGGAUGCUACAAUUCCAAUUAAUGAGAAACAAUCACUCAAUUUACCUACUAUUAGUUCUAUUGAUUUACUCCUAAUUGUUAAGUGUUAUGGACUAUCGUUAAGUUUUAGGUCCACCUGAGGCCCUGGAAAUUGUUUACGCACCCCACUAAUGAAUACCCUACGCAAUUAAGUUAAUUAUUACUAAUUACGCCUGUGUAAGCCCAAUCAUAAACCCAUUCCCAAACCAAUUUGAACAGCGCGCCCAGGCAAAGGUGUUGCGAAUAAUCAAAGGCAGUUGAACAACUUGAACAUAUACUAUAUACUGAGCUACUACAGCUAAAGAUAAAGAAUCCGACGCAUGCAUAUAUCACGGAAUGGAUGUAAACUAGCUACUAAACAGCGUUAUAUUCAAGCAGACGUCAAGUCUAUACCAUAAACAGCAAAUACAUAUUUACAUUGA